GUCGCUAAACUGCCACGUAUGUAUACAAAGUGUUCGAAUUACAGAUUUACAAAAAUUAGUUAGUUUUAUCAUAUCUCACUGCAGAAGAGAAGAAAGAAGAAGAGACGCGGCAAUGGGGCAAUCAUCAUCCACCGACCAACUAUCGCCGGAGCAACGGGAAGCAGAAUCCAUAGCUGCGUCCACCGGAGCUCUCCCCACGCUUCAAAAAUCCUUUUCUGUCCUCUCCGAUCCCCAAACCAACUCCAUUCCCAUUGAAUCGCUCAAGAAAUGUUUCAGCUUUACCAUUGAGAACUCCGGGCACGAAGGAAAUGGCGUGCCUAAAGAUUUCCCGGUUUUGUUGAGUUACUUGAGUUCUUGCAUAGUUGACCAGUUUUUCUUCUCGGAUGGAGAAGUGGGCUGGGUUGAGUUCUUGAAAGGGUAUUCCAAUUGUUGUGCAAUGACAAUUGGUUCAGCUUCUUUCAAUAAUUUGUUUAGGUUGUUUGCCAUGGUGAGCUCAGAAGCAGGUCUUCCUGCAAAAUUGCAGUUUGGGUCUGAUGAUGAUGACAAUAAAGUCAGUGGGUAUCUAUUGCCUGUUGAUUUGUUGAUGCUUCUUUGGAUGUGUUGGGUUAUGUGGUGGGAUUGUAAGAAACUGAAUUGUGGUGAGUCUUUAGGGGAUUCUGGGCUUCCAGAUGUUACGAAUUUGGUAUGGUCAGCCGUUGAAUCGUGUGCUGAGGAAGGCGGUAAGUUGGACCCGUGGGAGUGUAACGUUUUAGAAACCUUUGUUCAGCUUCCUGCUGGUAAAAUCACUAUGUGGGCGUUAAAGACGGUGCCAAACCUCACAGAUUGCCUCUCGCAUUUUGUUCAUGCCAGACUUUCUCACUCGGCAAACCUUGAGGGCAAAUCAAACCAGCCGGGGCCUUUUGUGUUUGAUGUUUCCCCAAAGGAGAAUUCUAUUAGCAACCUCAUUACUUGUGGAAGGGCCUGGGCUAUCUCCCUUACACUGAGGGGCACUAUGUGUGACGAAAUUUCAAAAGCAUGCUUUCCAAGUAGUGCGGAUGAUUUAAAUGACUUGAUUCUUUAUCGGUCAUCAGUCCAUGGGAAAGGUCUGACCAGAUUUUGGUCAAAUGUUGAAGGCUAUAAUGCUCCAUUGUUGAUUUUAAUUGCUGCUUAUGAACCUAAAAAUGACGAAAGGAAAUGGAUUAUCGGUGCUCUCAUUAAUCAGGGUUUAGAGAGCAAGGAUUCGUUUUAUGGAACUUCUGGUAGUUUAUAUGCUAUUAGUCCAGUGUUUAAUGUUUUCAUAUCCUCGGGGAAGGAGAAAAAUAUUGUUUAUAGCCACUUGCAUCCAACUGUUAAGAUGUACGAGCCUCGUCCAAAGCCUGUUGGGCUUGCUUUUGGAGGAUCUCUUGGCCACGAGAGGAUAUUUUUGGAAGAGGAUUUUGCUGGAGUCACUAUACGCCAUCAUGCUGCUGACAGAACCUACCAACACGGUUCGCUUUUCGCUGGUCAGGGGUUCUUGACACAUGAAGCUUCGGUACUCGACGUUGAGGUGUGGGGAUUGGGCGGGAAAAAAGCGAAAGAGACACAAACAGCGUAUAAGAAAAGGGAGGAACUCUUUACUGAGCAAAGGCGGAAGGUUGAUCUGAAAACAUUUGGGAAUUGGGAAGACUCCCCUGAGAAGAUGAUGAUGGACAUGAUUACUGAUCCCAAUGCAGUCCGCCGGGAAGAUCGAUAGUCGAGAAGAUUCAACGACGGUCUACAACUUUAUAUGAACUCGAAAAAAAUCAUAAGUGGACUCUCAAGGAGCAAAACUAUUGUCAUAUGUUUUGAUUUUGUUGGAGAAAGAAAUAAAAAAAUCACAACUCACUUUUUAGGUGCCA